AAAACACGUUUUUCUUUUGCCCGUACGCAACUAAUGAUUUUGCAAAAUUGAAAAUAAAACAGGCAUUCCCGGAGGUCGGAUCCCCCCGGAGCCCCGCCGGGUCGGACCUGAAGAAGAAGAAUUUUCACGCUUCUCCUUAAUCCUUAUUAUCUGUCUCCAUCUCCGUCGCUGUUCUUCGAUUAGGUAGUGCUGAAGAUACAAUGGAACAGUUUCUUAUUUAAGGUGUUUCCCCCAGUUCGGCUCUGAAGGGUCUUCACUAAAUAGAGGACCCUUCGGACGAUGUAUAGCUUCGGUCUAUAACAAUCCAUAGAGAAAAAAAUUCAAAGUGAAUAACCAGUGGUUGGUGUAGUAAGGUUUGUUAGGCAUGCCAGCUGUACAAAAGCUUUACAAUUCUUGCAAGGCUUCACUCUCAACAAAUGAGCCUGUUUCUGAAGAGGCACUCGAAAAAGCUCGCGCUAUAUUAGAAAAAUUCAAGCCUUCUGAUGUCGGUCUUGAACAAGAGGCACAAUUAGUACGAACUCGGAAUGGUACAAUGGGUGUGCUCAAUGGGCGGCAUCUUCCAUCCAUACCAGCUAUCAAGUAUCUCCAUUUACAUGAGUGUGACAGCUUUUCUAUGGGAAUAUUCUGCAUGCCUCCUUCCUCUGUCAUUCCACUUCAUAACCAUCCUGGGAUGACAGUGUUAAGCAAGCUGCUCUAUGGUUCUUUAUUAGUGAAAGCAUACGAUUGGAUAGAUCUACGAGAGCCUUUCGAUCUAUCCCAAUCCCAAGGUGCAAGACCGGCAAAGCUUGUCAGAGAUUGUGAGAUGAUUGCUCCGUGUGGUACAACAACUCUCUACCCAACUAGUGGCGGGAAUAUUCAUUGUUUUAAAGCCAUCACUCAUUGCGCUUUCUUGGACAUUCUCUUUCCACCAUACGCUUCUGAGGAUGGUCGUCAUUGCACUUACUUCCGGAAGUCUCCAAGACGGGAUCUUCCAGGGGUUAGGAUGCGUACAUCCAACCACCCUUACCGUGCAAUGGACGACAACCUUUGUGGCACUAAGGCGAGCUCGAAGUGGAUGGAGUCGCAAUAUCCAAAGUGAGUUGGCUCGAAGAGUUUCAACCUCCCGACGAAUUUGUAUUUCUGAGAGGGCAAUACAAGGGUCCCGCUAUAAAAACUUAGGCCUCGUUUGGCUCUCCCCGAAUUGCGCAUUGAACGCAUCAAGCACUUCAUACCAUUAUUAUUAUUAUUGAGGUUAAUUAAUUUUUGCUAUAGCUCAAUCAAUUGUGGGAAUAAUGUCUUCUGGUGGUUUGGGAAUAGGUAUUUGAUUUGUACAUAUUAUUAUCAAUAUACCAGUGCCAUAUAUAUUAUUGUUGGUCUGGCAAUCAGGCUUUAUAUACUCCAUUUGUACCGUUGGUU